UCGGGGACUAGUUUCCAGAACGUUCUGGAACAAGUUUAGCGUUCAAGGUUAAAGGUAGGAAUGCUGUUGUUCCCGGAAGUACUUUUUCAUUGCCUCACAGUCCGUGUAUUUUGGUGAUUUAUUUUCAUUAAUAAAUUGUCAAUAUCAGGACUCCUGGGAACUCUGACGGUGGUUAGCGGGUUGCACCUGAUUUUUAAAAAAAAUAUUUUUAGAAGGGUGAACAAUUGAAGGUCAAUAACGCCCAUUUUGGGUGACGCAGGCGCGCUAAAUCUUUGUAUUCACGUGGGCACAAACAAGUCUUUCUGUUCGGACAGUGCUGGCGAAUAUAGUCAUGGCAGGAAGAGCUAUUAAGUUUAUUCCUCUAUUGGACAGAGUUCUUGUUGAACGGAUUGCUCAAGAGACUGUAACCAAAGGAGGGAUUGUGCUUCCAGAAAAAUCUCAGAACAAGGUCCUGCAGGCAGUGGUGGUAGCAGUUGGUGGCGGAUCUAAAAAGGAGAAUGGAGAGAUCAUACCCGUUGAUGUAAAUGUUGGUGAAAAAAUUCUUCUUCCCGAAUAUGGAGGAACCAAAGUUGUGCUUGAUGAUAAGGAAUACUACUUAUUCAGAGAUAGUGACAUUUUAGGAAAAUUCCUGUGAUAACUGCUAUUUUUUUUCUUCCCUUUUUCUCCAUUCCAAAGGCUGUUGGAAGCUAACAUGAUGUAAUUAUUGUAAUGUAUUUGCUACAAUAAAAUUAUAAAAAACAACAA